GCAGCUAUCUAGUCACAUUCCACAGUGAGGAGACCACAGGUAAGCAGAGAGAGAGAGAGAGAGAAAGAAAGAAAGCACAGAAGACAUCAUGAAUACACCCCAAUACUGCCUUCUGAUGUUGCUUAUCUACUCGGGCGGACCCAAUGCAGGAGCUCUGAACGGUAUUAGCCCGUUCAUAAGGCAUUACGAAGGCUUGUCUUAUGAUCGUGAGGCCUUACACAGGAGACACCGGCGCGCCAAACGAGAGACCCAGCCUCAGGACCAGACACUGCAGCUGGACUUCAGAGCUUUUCUCAGGACCUUCCGGUUGCGUUUGAGGCGAGACACGACGGGAUUCACAGAGCCCUUUGAAGUCUUCUCUGAAAAUAUAUCAAGUACAGCAGACCUCUCCCAUCUAUAUUCUGGAGAACUUGAAGAUGAGAAGGGAUCUUCCUGUCACGGCUCGGUCAUCCAGGGCCAGUUUGAGGGUUCUGUCCUCACAGCCAAUGGGACGUAUUACAUAGAGCCUGUACACAGAUACACCAGCCAGCCCACACAACACCACUCCAUCAUCUACCAUGAGGACGACAUGGAUGCUACUCCCAUGGAAAGCAGACAUGACGGGUUCUGUGGUGCAGAACGUCUGCAGCGCCUUGCCCAAAGCCUCAGACCCAAUCAGGACGUUCCAGUGUUCAGGUCGAAGAGAACAUUGGACCAGUCUAAAACCAGCUGUCUACUCCACCUCCAUGCUGACCACUUCUACUACAGGAAGUUCAAGAGUGUCGAGGCUGUUGUGGCUCAGGUUGCCUCCUACGUGAGAGCGGUGAAUGAUAUUUAUGACAAGGCCGACUUUGACGGUCUCAAGCUAAUCAACUUCAAAGUGAAAUCACUCAGUGUCAUGAGAGAGGAGGAUGAGACCAACCCCCUGAAUCGGCCCUUCCUCGGCCCAGAGAAGCUGCUCAGUCUGUUCUCUGAGAGUAACUGGGGAAACUACUGUCUGUCCUACCUGCUGACCAACAGGGACUACAGUGGAGUGCUGGGGCUGGCAUGGGAGGGCAAGACAGGGAACUGGGGAGGGAUUUGUUCGCGACACACUCUCAUGCGGGAUGGUAGCAACGCCAGUCUGAACACGGGCCUGAUCACGCUGCAGAACUACGGCCAGUACCUGCCCCCCCAACACGUUCAGCUCACCCUGGCCCAUGAACUGGGCCACAGCCUGGGCGCCCCUCAUGAUGAAGGUUUGGAUUGUGGGGACCUGGGUUCUUCUGGAGGGAAAGGCAGGUUCUUGAUGUUCCCUCACGCUACCAAUGAGGUCCGGGAGAACAACGAUAAGUUCUCUCCCUGCAGCAUCAAGCAUAUCAGCCGAGUCCUGAAAGUCAAGAAGGAUGACUGCUUUGUGGUCAGUGAUCAGCCCAUCUGUGGGAAUCAGAUCGUGGAGGAGGGGGAGGAGUGUGAUGUGGGCCACAACGAGACAGACCUCUGCUGCCACAGCGCCAAGGAAUCUGUGGGCAUCCAGUGUCGCCUGAAACCUAGCAAGAAGUGCAGUCCCAGUCAGGGUCUGUGCUGUGGGCCAGCGUGUGUCUUGAAACCGUCAGGGGUCAGCUGUGAGGAGGAGUCAGACUGUCAGCUGGAGAGUAUUUGCUCUGGUCUCUCCCCCAUCUGCCCCGAGCCUGUGGCCAAGGCCAACAUGACCAUAUGCAGUCUGGGCACCCGGGUGUGUCUCAACGGGAACUGUGCUAAAUCACUGUGUGUGAGGUACGGCCUGGAGCAGUGUGACUGUCUGGGAGAGUCCAAAAACGAAAAGUGCCACAUGUGCUGUCAACAGCCGGACAAGCCUGCAACCUGCGCCAGCACCACAUCCUCUGUCUUGACCAGGCAUUUCCAGGGAAAGCGUGUAGCCUUGGUUGCCGGGGCACCGUGUUCAGCCAAGCAGGGCUACUGCGACAUGUUCCAGGUGUGUCGCAUCCUGGACGCUGACGGGCCAAUCGCCAGGCUGAAGAACUCCUUUCUCUACCUGGUAGACCUGGAUGAGUUUGAUGACCUGGCUGAGUGGAUAAAGACUCACUGGUGGGCCAUUCUCUUGGUCAUCAUGACUCUGUCUGCCGUGAUGGUCAGCACCGUGUGCCUGUGUGGACGUACCCUGGACAUGGGUGACCCAGAGUAACCACUGUAGCUCCAACAGUGGCAGUUGGUGCCAUUCAAGAUUAGGGAGAGCGACAAUUUUUUUUAUGAGCAUGGCCUUAUUUCGAUUACAGCAUAUUGGAUGACUGCCAUUCAUAUUCCCUUCACCCAGCUCAAUGUAACGUCGAUAGGCUUAGACUACUACAUGAUACUCGAAUUGGCCCUAUACCCAUCAUGAGGUUGCUACAACCUAGCCUAAAAAUGAAUGUUUAUAACGUAAGUGCACAGGUCUAGAGACAAAUUGGAGUAAUCACAUUCACAUUCAAUUCUGCCUUGCACACUCUUGCCUGUGUCUAUCUGAUCUGGGGUGUAAUCAUUAGUCCAAGCAGUUAGAAAACAUUCAGUUUUGCAACUAAAACUAUAGUUUCUAUUGGACAAAUUCAGGUAUGUCCCAUUUCGUUCUGUUUGCUUCCGUUAAAGAAACGUUUUGUAACAGAACCGGCAGAAUGAAUACUCCCCUGAUCACCUGCACACAUAGUUCACUUUCAUACCAGCCACAUACAGCCUCAUCACUUUGCUCGUUGUAUAAUUCAUUCUCGCAUCUACGCACUCUCCUUCUCUCACCUUUUUCCUUCACUUGUGGACUUCAGUUUAUAACACAACAGCUGUCCGUGACUAGGCACAAAAACCUCUCCAAGCCAAACCUUCAUACCAUAACCACUAACCGCUACACAGCCUACAUCGUUGUCACCAUAUUAACGUUAUAGUCAUUAAACUAUAACUAACGAGUUAGUAAACCCACAAUCCAAGCCAUGUGUACAAUUACACAGUAGAGUGUACAGCAAGCAGUUUAGCAGUUACCACAGCGGGCCCAGGUAGCAAUACAUUUAUAAAACCGAAAGCUUACCUUGACUUUGAAGAGUUGCAGUGUUGGAAAGCCUUAGCCAGCUAGCUAACAUAAAUAGCAUUCUUCUCUGUUUCAGUCAGGUUGUUGAGUAGGCUAAAUUAGCUGCAUUAGUUAAGUAAGUGAAAGGGGUAAAUUAAGAAUUCAAAAAAUACAACGAAAUACAUCUCUCUGCUGCUUCUUCUUAAUUUUUUAAGAAAUGUAUUUCUUCAAAACAGUUCAACUAUUGUCUUUCUCUUUAAGUCAACUUCUCACCACACUAGCUUGUGCUUUCUGUAAUAGAUUAAUUCUCUGAUCAUUUGAUUGGAUGGACAAGAUGUUAGUUCAUACUGCAAGAACUCUGAUAGGUUGGAGGAUGUCAGAGGUGGGAUCAAUACACUAUCAUUCAAGUCCCAUGGUGUUUGGGACUCAAUUCGAGUCCCUAACACCAUGGGACCACGCAGCCGUCAUACCGCUCAGGAAGGAGACACGUUCUGUCUCCUAGAGAUUAACGUACUUUGGUGUGAAAAGUGCAAAUCAAUCCCAGAACAACAGCAAAGGACCUUGUGAAGAUGCUGGAGGAAACAGGUACAAAAGUAUCUAUAUCCACAGUAAAACAAGUCCUAUAUUGACAUAACCCGAAAGGCCGCUCAGCAAGGAAGAAGCCACUGCUCCAAAACCGCCAUAAAAAGCCAGUCUACGGUUUGCAACUGCACAUGGGGACAAACAUCGCACUUUCUGGAGUAAAGUCCUUUGCUCUGAUGAAACAACAAUAGAACUGUUUGGCCAUAAUGACCAUCGUUAUGUUUGGAGGAAAAGGGGGAGGCUUGUAUGCUAAAGAACACCAUCCCAACUGUGAAGCACGGUGGUGGCAGCAUUAUGUUUUGGGGGUGCUUUGCUGCAGGAGGGACUGGUGCACUUCACAAAAUAGAUGUCAUCAUGAGGAAAGGAACAUUACGUGUAUAUAUUGAAGCAACAUCUUAAGACGUCUGUCAGGAACUUCAAAAUGGCCAAUGACCCCAAUGAUACUUCCAAAGUUGUGGCAAAAUGGUUUAAUGGUUUAAGGACAACAAAGUCAAGGUAUUGGAGUGGCCAUCACAAUGCCUUGACCUCAAUCCCAUAGAAAUUUUGUGGGAAGAAAAACUGAAAAAGGAUGUGCGUGCAAGGAGGCCUACAAUCCUGACUCUGUCAGGAGGAAUGGGCAAAAAUUCACCCAACUUAUUGUGGGAAGCUUGUGGAAGGCAGGGUAGCCUAGUGGUUAGAGCGUUGGACUAGUAACCGGAAGGUUGCGAGUUCAAACCCCCGAGCUGACAAGGUAUAAAUCUGUCGUUCUACCCCUGAACAGGCAGUUAACCCACUGUCCCCAGGCCGUGAUUGAAAAUAAGAAUGUGUUCUUAACUGACUUGCCUGGUUAAAUAAAGGUAACAUUUAAAAAAAAAAAUAAUAAUUGGCCCAAGUUAAACAAUUGAAAGGCAAAGCUACCAAAUUUUAAUUGAGUGUAUGUAAAGUGUUAAGAAAAACAUAAAAGCUGAAAUAAAUAAUUCUCUCUACAAUUAUUCUGACAUUUCACAUUCUUAAAAUAAAGUGGUGAUCCAAACUGACCUAAAACAGGGAAUUUUUACUUGGAUUAAAUGUCAGGAAUUGUAAAAAACAGUUUAAAUGUAUUUGGCUAAGGUGUAUGUAAACUUGCGACUUCAACUGUAUAUCGUUUAUUUCCUGAUCUUACUUGGUUCCAAGUGUGUUGGCCAAUCAAUCCAUAAUCUUAAUUCCAAUCCGCACAUGUUCCCAGACUAACCCAUCUAUCAAGGCACAAGGCGAGACCCAAAUGCAGACACAGGAUGCAGAUGGUUGGAGUCUUACAAUGUUUAUUGAUCCAAAGGGGUAGGCAAGAGAAUGGUCGAGGACAGGCAAAAAGGUGCAAACCAGAUCAAAAUCCAGGUGGCAGACAGGCUCGUGGUCAAGGCAGGCAGAAUGGUCAGGCAGGUGGGUAGAAAUUCCAGAAACAGGCAAGGGUCAACACCGGGAGGACUAGAAAAAGGAAAAUGCAAAUAGCAGGAGAAAGAGAAAACCGCUGGUUGACUUGGAAACAUACAAGAUGAACUGACACAGAGAGACAGAAAAUACAGGGAUAAAUACACCGGGGAAAAUAAGUGACACCUGGAGGGGGUGGAGACAAUCACAAGGACAGGUGAAACAGAUCAGUGCGUGACACCAUCUUUCCCAGUACAAUACCAUUUUACUAUUUCCUUUUGCGAUACAUCCUUCUAUUUUACUGUGAUGUCUUAUGAGGGUCUUGAGCCUCUAUUUUUACCAUUUCUACCAAGAUUGCUCUAAAAAUAAACACUUUACCUAAGAGUAUAAUAAUAUUUCUCAUUGAUUGAUCAUGGUUUUUCAGAUCUCCUAACAGGUCUGUAUAUCCAUCUGUAUAUCCAUCUGAACACAGAUAUUAUGACUUUGAAAUUGGAAUUUUAACCAACUCUGUAUGGCUUCAUUUAAAAAGGAGGAUAAUUUAAACAGGGUUCCAUAGUCAAUCCACCGGAAAUGGUUGGUUUAAAUCUGUAUAUCGUCAAAAGCCCCCUUUUGAACAUUGGAAAGGCUGUGUUUCUAUUGUUGAAGAUUCCAGUACAAAGAUGCGAUUACCCCUUUUUACUUUUUAGCAGACGUUCUUAACCAGAAUGACUUACAAGAGCAAUUAGGGUUAAGUGCCUUGGUCAAGGGCACAAUAGCAGAUUUUUCACCUAGUUGGCUUGGGGGAUUUUGAGACCUUCGGUUACUGGCCCAAUGCUCUUAACUACUAGGCUACCUGCCACCCCUUACUUGGAUAAGAUUAAGGAGCGGGAAGUCACUGGAAGCUUUGUUAUAUGUUCUGAAAUUGAAUGUAGAUUGUGUAUUAUUGAAUGAUAUUGUCUGUUUAUCUCUGCUUGAAUGUGUGAAUGGGUUUCUACUUUAUAGCAUUUCUCUAAGGAGGAUCCUGGAAAAAUGUUCAUGUUUACAACAAUCUUUCCAUUAAAGCACUCAUUCCACUUCAAAA